UUGAGCUGUCGACUGACAGGUGUCUGUCUGUAAGUCAGAUAUGUUAUAAACCAUCAAGGUGUCUCUCUGCCCACGCUGCACUCAAGGAAGAACACACACGAGCCAUUUGUAUCUACUCUGCCACACAACUUGCUUUCAAUUGUUUCUCGAGCAACUGACGUUAUGGGGCUCAGUGAUCAGGAAUGGCAGAGGGUCUUGGACAUCUGGGGAAAAGUGGAACCAGAUCUCCCUGCACACGGACAGGAAGUUAUCAUCAGGAUGUUUCAGAGCUAUCCUGAGACCAUGGAACACUUUGGCAAGUUUAAACACCUGAAGACGCUUGAUGAGAUGAAGAGCUCAGAAGAACUGAAGAAGCAUGGAACGACUGUCCUCAGUGCCCUGGGCAGAAUCCUGAAGCGGAAAGGGAACCAUGAAGCAGAACUCAAACCACUGGCACACAGCCAUGCCACCAAGCAUAAGAUCCCCAUCAGACACCUCGAGUUCAUUUCUGAAGUGAUUGUUGCCGUCAUUGCUGAUAAAUACUCUGCGGACUUUGGGGCCGACUCCCAAGUGGCAAUGAGAAAGGCCUUGGAGAUAUUCCGGAACGACAUGGCUAGCAAGUACAAGGAGUUUGGGUUCCAGGGUUAGCGAGGACACAGAGGAGCAGUACCUCCUUAGAGUCAUGUUGACAUAUGUAGCAGCACAGGUGUUGCUCAAGGAGAAGAACAUUCUACUUUCAUUACACAGGGAAAUAAUUUGGCACUGGGUUGAAAAAUCCACCCCAAACUAAGGCCCAGACUACAUGUGAUGGUAGCAGAUCCACAUCGUGUAAAAAUGAGGACUGGAUCUGUGACUGAUUUAAAGGGCCAAAGGAAUCUGCAGGCAAGGUCUCUGUGCCUGUGCUGAACCUACAUUCCGCUUUAACUCUGUCUAUUUCCCCUUUCCCACCUCUGAGGUCUCAGCAAAGCAUG